AUGCCUGAAAAAUCAUGUGCAGCCUUAAACUGUCCAAAUUCCAUUAAAAAUUCAAUGAUCAAGCGAUUCUUUAAAUUUCCAAUGAGACAGGAAUGUGCGAAAAAAUGGAUCAUAGCGUGUCGACGUGAUGAUUUGCUAAGAAAUAUAGAUCUGGUGUGUCAGACUUAUAGCACCUAUUUCAUAUGUGAAGAUCACUUUGAAGAUGCUAUGUUCCAAACAGCACAAAGAUGUAGACUGCUUCCAAAAGCUGUGCCAACAAUUUUUCCAGAAAAAGAUAUUUUAGAAUUAGACACUAACAUACCGGAAGAGAUUACAGUGAAGGAAGAACCACUGAUUGAUCCAAUCAAAAUCGAAAUGGAAGUACCAGUUUCUCCACCAUUUGUCAACUGUGAUGGUAACGAUGAAACCAGCAACUCUUAUUCUCCCCAAUUCGGCACGAUAGAAUUUUUACCUGAAGAACCAACUGAUUAUCCAUCAGAGGAAAUGGAGUGCAGCUCCAUCAACAUAUCGGAUGAUGAAGAAACAAACAGUUCUGACAAGAAUCAUGGACAUAUGGACAGUUUGUCGGCAAACGUCAACCAUGAUUCCUCCAUAGAUCUGACAACACCUGGUGAAUGUUUCCCAGCUCUACCUGCAAGAAGACCACAUCUUAAUAAAAAAUUGAGAAAUCGGUUAUCUAAACAUAUCAGAGUGGAUUUGAAAAACGAGUCUGUGGAGUGCAGGACUUGUUUAGUGAUGGUGGGAACAGUUAGGGGGGCUCCGUUGUACGAAAAGUGUCAUCCGAAAAUGACUAUUAAAGAAAUGAUAUCAUUUUGCAUACCUCAAUUGGCAUCCACUCUCGCCGAUAGAGAUAUAAUUUGCAACCCAUGUUUGAAGAAACUUCGACAAUGCUUCAAUUUCAUAGAGGACUGUCUGUCAGUGGAGAAUACAUUGAUGGGCAGGCAGCUACCUAGUGAAAUAGAAUUUGUUGAGGUGCAAAACAUACAAGUUGACGAAGAAGCAGCUGAUUCGAAAAUAUUCGAAAAUACAGUAGCUACUUCUGGCAAUGAAAAAUCAGUUUCUACUCCUGGUCUGCAAAAUUCAAAUGCGGUUAAUCCAUGCCAGAAGACGUUCCAAGGGACAGUGGAUAUUUCUGGCAGUGAAGAUACAGAAAACAACCAGUCAAUGUCUACUCCUGUUAUACAAAAUUCAUAUAGCGUUUACCCAUAUAAGGAGAUGUUCAAGUGUUCUUUGUGCUGGAAGUACUACAGGACAAAGUACAUGUUGGAAGAUCACGAAAGAAAAAUUCAUAAUAUUGAACGUGAAGGUGGAUAUUACUGUCAAGUGUGCCUGGUCCAUUUUGAAAAGCUCAAAGAGUUGGAACAGCAUUGGAUGACGCAUUUUUUUUACUGUUCAGUCUGCGACAAAAGGUUUACGGAACAUCAAGUUUGUGAUCAUAUCAAAAAACAAAGAGAUAAAUCUUGUCAAGGAAAAGAAUCUAUAAACUACUCAUUAGGUGAUUUCGAUUAUGAGCAGGGUGAAACCGAUCCGGAAAAAGUAUUAUACAAUUGUUACAAAUGUGAUCGGAUGAUUCAAGGUGAAUCGAGAUACGUUUCCCAUAUCAAGUUGCAUGGCUCUCCAGAAAAGCUGUUCUUUUGCGACCAGUGCCCUAAAUCUUAUGGAAAAUUCAAGGUUCUGAGGUACCACCAAAUGAUGUCCCACGAAAAAGUAAAAUCCUCGUGCAAGUUUUGUUCCACAAUGGUUUGGAACUUCAAUAUGCCUAGUCAUUAUCGGACACGUCAUGCAAAUGAACCGAUGCAUUUUUGUAAAAUAUGCGAUGAUGCAUUCCAAAAUCUCGGAGAAUACAAAAGUCAUUUACGUGAACACAUUGCCAUGGGACAUGUGUUAGUUCCUUCCAAAAAACACGAGAGUCCCUCAAAAAAUUGCGAUAAAACAGAUAAAAUGAUCCAAGGCACUACAUCUGAAAAUGUAACACGUUCAGCUCCAUUCAAAUACAAAUGUACUAUUUGUGUCCUGAAGUUUCGAUCUGAGCGAGAUCUGAGCAAACAUCAAAGGACUCAUAACUCAAUUCCUGACAAAAUAGAUAGCCCUGACCAGAUAGUAAUCAAUUAA